UACACGUACAAAACUCGAGUCCGUCCUCGUUUAUCGUUUCUAUGCAAUCUAUGCUAAAUACUGCAAUAAUUGCAAAUUACAGUGAGAAGACAGCCGGUGAUUUUUACAAUGUCUAUUUUGAAAGAGACAAGAUGGCCUCCAACAUUUAAGGAAGCAGUUAAGAUGGAAAGAGUCCAGUGAGGAUCAGGAACUGAGACAAAGUGUUUGUCUUGACUUUGUUUAUGACAAUGUCAUGUUUGCUGUGAAAAAAGGCUUCCCCUGGCAGGCUGUAACACAGGUUGGAAGAAUAGCAGAAGAACUUCUCACUGAAAGUAAAGGUGUAGCUUUAUCACAAGUGAUCAGCCUCAUCCAGAAUAAGUUGUCACAAUGUGGGCCUCGCUUGUUGCCGUAUCACCACCAAGCCUUCUUUGAAUUCCUCAUGGACACCUACGUCAGGCACUACUGCUUGUAUCAGUCUGUUCUGUGUGCAGAGAGGACUGUUGAAAGCACAGUGACUGAACUGGUGGUCUAUGUGCCCCCAUGUCCCGAGCCUCUGUCUAAGGGCACAGACAGCCAGGUAUGGGAGUACCAGCAGAGACAGGCCACACUGAAGGAGGCUGAGGGCCAGAGACGUGCUGAUAUCCAGAGCCUCAAGGACAGCGUAGGCCAAAAGAGAGAGAACAGACUAGAAAAGCUGCUGAAGGAUCUUCAGAUACAAUACUCUCACACUUUGGAUAGAGAGGUUAUUGAAAGAAUAGUACAAGAUGUCGUGAGAGCCCAGGUGGAUCUGGUCCUUGAAAGUCUCUUGAAAGAGGUGGCCAUGACUGCUGAGAUUCUGGAACUGAAGCUGCAGCAGAAAACCCUGGCUCGGCCUGUCUGCCGUCCCCCCCUCAAUUUCAGCCUCCCCUCUGCUAAUACACCGACAGCCAGCUCUGCCAAGGUCUCUACUGUGCACCCACCCAAGGACAAGAAGAAAAAAUGAUUUCUGUUCAAUUAACCUAAAGCUACAAUAAAUUAACACAAAAUA